AUGUUGCAAUUUGAAGAUAAGUAGAUUUCAGAAAAUAGAUCAAAAAAUUUUGAUUAAUCUCUAGAAGAAAAGAUUUCUGAAUGUAUUGAAAAUCUAGAAAAGAAUCCAGAACAUCUAAAUCAUGCAGAUCUAUAAGUAAAAUAUUACUCAAUUAGAUUAUCAAAACAUUUGCAAGAAAAAAUUAAUUUUUCAAAUAAAUUUAAGAAGAGCAAGGAGAAAAUAUACUAAAAGAAUGUUUCAAAAGAAUAACCUUAGAAGUUUAUGAGAAAGUAAAAAUUAUUUUGAUAUAUAGAAUUAAGUAGUUUUCGAAUAAGGAGAAAGAGCUCAUUCUUUUUUUAUUAUAUUAAUUGGAAAUGUUUCUGUUUAUGUUUAUAAGGAUCCAAAAGUAGAUAUUGGAGAAGAAAAUCUUGAUAGACCAACUUUAAUAAAAAUGAAGUAAAUGAAUUAAAAUUAUUAGAGAGAUCUUUUAAUACAAAUAAAUUAGUUCAAGGGUAGAGUUUUGGAGAGAUGGCAUUGUUGAGUGA